CUUGCCCCUCCCUCUCCCCAGCCCGAUCCGCCCGCCGGCUCCCCCUCCCCCGAUCCCUCGGGUCCCGGGAUGGGGGGGGCGGUGAGGCAGGCACAGCCCCCCGCCCCCAUGGCCGCCCGUCGGAGCCAGAGGCGGAGGGGGCGCCGGGGGGAGCCGGGCACCGCCCUGCUGGCCCCGCUCGUGCUGGGCCUGGGCCUGGCGCUGGCCUGCCUUGGCCUCCUGCUGGUCGUGGUCAGCCUGGGAAGCCGGGCAUCGCUGUCUGCCCAGGAGCCUUCCCAAGGGGAGCUGGUGGCAGAGGAGGACCAGGACCCACUGGAACUGAAUCCCCAGACAGAGGAAAGCCAGGAUCUCGUGCCUUUACUGAAACGACUGGUUCGGCCUCGCAGAAGUGCAGCUAAAGGCCGGAAAACACGGGCUCGCAGAGCGAUUGCAGCUCACUAUGAAGUUCGCUCACGACCGGGACAGGACGGAGCGCAGGCGGGUGUAGACGGGACCGUGAGUGGCUGGGAGGAGGCCAAAAUCAACAGCUCCAACCCACUGCGCUAUGACCGCCAGAGCGGGGAAUUCAUAGUCAUCCGGGCUGGGCUCUACUACCUGUACUGUCAGAGCCCUGAGGCCCUGGAAGCCCGGGAGAAUGGGGAGAGAUCCCGGAGAAGGAGAGCAGUGCUCACCCAUAAACAGAAGAAAAAGCACUCAGUUCUGCACCUUGUUCCCAUUAACAUCACCUCCAAAGAGGACUCUGAUGUGACAGAGGUGAUGUGGCAACCAGCUCUAAGGCGUGGGAGAGGCCUGGAGGCCCAAGGAUAUGUUGUUCGAGUCUGGGAUGCUGGAGUUUAUCUGCUGUACAGCCAGGUCCUGUUUCAUGAUGUGACUUUCACCAUGGGUCAGGUGGUGUCUCGGGAGGGCCAGGGAAGGCAAGAGACUCUAUUCCGAUGUAUAAGAAGUAUGCCCUCCAACCCGGACUGGGCCUACAAUAGCUGCUACAGUGCAGGUGUCUUCCAUUUACACCAAGGAGAUAUUCUGAGUGUCUUAAUCCCCCGGGCAAGGGCGAAACUUAGCCUCUCUCCACAUGGAACCUUCCUGGGGUUUGUGAAACUGUGAUUGUGUUACAAAAGAUGGUUCUGAGCUUGGAAAACCAGGGUGGGUACAUAUUGGAGACAGCCAAGAGCUGACUAGACAAAGGACAGGAAAUGGGCAGGAACAGAAGCCUCUUCUGAGUUUGACUGGAACUUUGGGUUGGACAGCUCAUGACUUUCCUCCUUUCCCUUUCCACCCACACCCCCUAGCCUUUGAUUUUAUGGAUGUUAAAGAAGUAGAAUAUUUUGCUUUUAUCGCCCAUCCAGCCUCAAAUUCUUAAGGGGAAUGGAGGGGGGAGGGAAUGCCAAGCAUUGUCUAGACCUGCUCUGGGUCCCACUGGAAUGCUUCCAGAACAGCACCACCAUCUAGCGGCAGUUUGAGAGAAUCAUCCCGCCUGUUGGCAGAAGUCCAUGAAGUCUCCCUCCACUCAGGAAAACGUUCCCUAUGCCAAACCUCUCCAGGUACCCUCUGCGUCAUCGCCCCACAGGAAGCCUCAUCCUCACUUCCUUCUCUCCAUCUACUGGGCCUCAGUUUCCAUCACUAUCUCCAGAGGUGUAUUUAUUAUGCGCCCAUCUGAUCGGGGUGCCCGACGACGACGGCCCCUUUGCAGCCACAUUACUCUUCGGGUCCCAAGUUUUGCCUUUCAUGCUCUCCAUUGCCCUGGAGUGGCAGGCCACUCCAAGCCCUUCUGGGCUGGGACGGGUAACCGGGGAGCUUUGGAUGAAUCGAACGCCCUGAUGCUGGUCUUGCCUCACUCCUCUGAGCUCUUCUUUCUGCUCAAGCCCUGCUUAAAGUUAAAUAAAAGAAAAUAAAUGAUA